ACGGGAUUUCCGGGCUUACUUCCCCAGCAUACGAACCAAAUGCCUGUGCUCUGAUGGAAAAGGAAAACAUAGGUCUAUUUGGGACACAAACGGAGACAGGGGGCAUCAGCUCUGGUCUCUCCUCGGCUUCAUCGACCUGUCAGGGCCUGGCUCACCUGCGCACUUUGCCUAGAUACGCGCAUCAUUUGGCCGCCUGCACAAUUCUUUGCCUUUGAUUGCUGAACAUUGUUCACCGAUUUCGUAAAUUCCGAUGCAAAUUCUUUCAUCCUAGAGACAAAUAGAUUCAGCGGGGCGCAGUGGUGUUAAGCAGCUUUUUCUUGUUCAGGUGACGAUGCUCUUCUCUGUCAUUUCAAUUGAAGACUAAUGUCGUUCAGCUUCACCAAUGAGAAGCUGCGGAGUUCUUGAAAAAUUGGUACUUGGGGUUCUUGCAAGAUCAUGAAAUUCUGGAAGAUUCAUGCCGUUCAUAAAUGGUGCUGAGAUUGGCAUCCUCCUUCGCGAGUUUGCCGCAGAGUCGGCAGUGCUUAAAUCCUCGUCUUGAGCGAAAGGGGCUGAGAAGAUUCAAAAGGGGUUACGUCGAGAGGCCUCAGAUAUUGUCCUCUACCGAAGAUGCUGCGGUCGGUUUACGAGUCUUUGUGGUCUCGGACUUGCACACGGAUUACUCCGAGAACAUGAACUGGGUGAAUUCCCUGUCCACUGUGAAUCAUAAGCACAAUGUUCUUCUUGUUGCUGGCGAUGUAGCAGAGACGUAUAAGAACUUCGUCACAACAAUGUCGCUCUUGAAGGACAGAUUCGAGCAUGUUCUCUAUGUGCCUGGGAACCACGAUCUUUGGUGCCGUCGGGAGUCGGAAAAUUAUGUUGAUUCUAUAGAGAAGCUGGGCAAAUUGCUCGAGGCGUGCAAAGGACUUGGAGUGAGGACUGAUCCCGUGAUUAUAGAAGGGUUGGGCAUCAUUCCUCUCUUCUCAUGGUACCACGAGAGCUUCGACCAAGAGGAGGAUAUAACUGGCUUCAGCAUACCUUCCCUGGAGAUGGCAUGCAAAGAUUACCAUGUCUGCAAAUGGCCUUCAGACCUUUCAAAUGGGGACACCUCCCUCGCUCGCUACUUUGAUGAAAUGAAUGGCUCGUACGAGGAUGCGAUUGAGGAUAUUAAGGAGACGUGUGAUCAGAUAAUCACAUUCUCCCACUUCGUUCCUCGACAAGAACUGUGUCCGGAGAAAAGGAUGCUAUUUUACCCCAACCUCCCAAAAAUUAUUGGCUCCGAUAGCCUCGAGGCUCGCUUAAGGUCCAUCCACGGGGCCCAUGGGAACCCUUCUGCAUGUCAUGUGUUCGGCCACACCCAUUUCUGCUGGGAUGCCAUUCUAGACGGGAUCAGGUAUGUGCAAGCGCCAUUGGCAUACCCGAGAGAGAGGAAGAGGAGAAUGAACGGGGGCGAGAACUGGUUACCAUUCUGCGUGUACUCGAAUGGCGGGUUUGCUGAGAGGCUUUCACCAUGUUACUGGUCUGAUUACUAUUCUGUAAACCCUAGGGAGCCUCACAACACUGAGCUUGCUCCAUGGGUUGCUAGAUUCUAUAGGCAUAGAACAGAGCUGACAUGAAAGUCAAUAGAGUUUAGCCACUGUUGACUCUGUAUCCAACUUUGCCAUGUAAUCUCUGUGCUAUUGUUCACGACAUUUUCUUUGCCAAUUGUACACAACUCUUCUAUAGACGGAAUUCCGUUGUGCAAA